UUGACGUCCACGACCGCCGAGACUGAAGUACUGCGAGAGAAAGAUCGACAGUCGUGGCUGAGCUAGACGGACCACACAUCAACACAAAGCGUCGAAGAGAACGGUAUCGUUGAGGACGACGGCGUCAGGGCAACCGGCCGCAAAGACCGACGGAACCUCCCAAAGUCACCACCUCUGAUUCUGGACUCUUUCUCCAUACCGCACAGGCCGAUGAAGCAUGGGUCAGCAUCGAGGUUCUAACAGUGCGAGAGAGCGUGUACCGUUGCCCAGCAGGGCCAGGUUAGCUUUUGCAUUUUCACUUUUCACUUGAGCAUUGGGCGAUCUUUCUGCCAUCGAUACCGUUCGCUCCACAUCACAGCCUGAUGCCGUUUUUAUAGGAAAAAAAAUCUUUGUCCGCCGCCCUCCAAUUUAUCAGAUCCAUCAUACAUACAAGGACACUGCCAGCGCCUGGCGGCCCUGACACCAUCUUGCGUCUUCUGGCACUGCCCAGAUCUUCAAACGCUAUCUUCGAGUAACCUGCCGAGUUCCAAUUGCCACCUACCCUCAGCUUUGGGCUUGGAUGACCUUGUUAUGCGACGGGUCUGAAGAUAUAGAAGGUCUCCAAACCGACAGUGCAAUAAUAGUUAGUUCUCUUCUUGAAGAGGAGGUUUACAUCUCAAUCAACCGAUGUCCAUGAUUGCCAAGCGACAGGGCAAUACGGCGAACCGACUCGCUUCAGCUUCAAUUGAGUUUCCCGACGAUGUGCACAGAGUACUUCGAGUGUUUCGGGCCCUCCCCUCAUCUUCUCUUUCCCUUCAGCGCGUCUUCACCUCCUUCCGUUACCUGUCCCACUCAUGAGCUACCCAUCAGAUUCCGAGUAUCCCAGAAGAGUGGUGGUAGAUGACACAGAUUCAAGAAUCAAGUACGAGCAAGGAAGUUGGACGGUAGACAAUAAUUCUUUCGACGCAAUCACCAUUUAUGGGGCACCCUACAAUGGUACGCAGCAUGGCACGGCUUCAACAACCGCUAGUUUCAGUCUUCAGUUCGAGGGGGAGUUCGUACAAGUACGAGGAACUAAGGACAACCGGAAGGUUACCCGUCCGGAAGGCGUUACUAGUGAUAAUUCCACUCAACUUGCAAAAUGGACUUGUCAGGUCGACGGCAGCCCUAUCAAAACGACUCCCUACCGCCCCUACAUGUUCGACCUGACCAACAAUAUGUUGUGCGAACAAGGGCGGUUAUCUCGUGGCGCACAUACACUCACAGUCAACGUUACCAUCGAUGACCCCAACACUCAGACGUUCUGGCUUGAUAAAAUAGAGUAUGCACCACUUCCGGAGGCCAAUUUAGCAAAGGAAGUCAUGAAAAUCGAUUCGAGCGACCCAUCUAUUCAGGUCGACAACAGUACGAGUGCUUGGAAAUCUAUCGGUAGUCUAUUCAACGGCACAGGCACCACUGGCGCAAGCGCAUCUUUCAAAUUCAAUGGCACCUCUGUAUCACUGUACGGUUUCAACGAAGGCUCAGAUAAAACUUGGCAACCUACGACCGGGCGAUACUAUAUUGAUAAUAAGGGAGACACUUCCUUCGACAUCUCCGGUAGCAAACCGCUGCCCGGCCUUCCCAAUAACAGGUCGGACUAUUACCAUCAGUUAUGGUUCACGGCGCCCAACAUCGAACCUGGCUCACAUGAGAUGGUUCUUACUUUCACUGGCGUCUUUCAAUCAGAUCCUAUCCAGUGGUUAUCUAUCGACUACUUCUACGUCGCCGCCAGCGAAGGUUCAAAGUUAAACCCAGCCAAUCCAGCGGGUGGAGGUGGUGGUUCAGGAGGUUCAAGGGGCGGUUCGAACACCAAUGACAACGGAAAAUCCGGUUCAUCCAGUAACACCAACGUGGGCGCUAUUGCUGGAGGUGUCGUAGGCGGAGUUGUUGGGCUGGCCCUCGUUGGCCUUGCGAUCUUCUUCUUUCUGAAGAAGCGGAAGGCACACAAUAAUUAUCCCGGACAGUACGAUGGUUUCCAGCCUCAAAACAAGUACAGUACUCCUGUUGCCCCUGGUUUCGUUUCCAUGGGUUCGUAUGUUGGGCCACAACACACAAUACCUUCAGUACACAGUGUCCCUAUGUCGACCAGUACUGUGCCUCCCAUAUCGUCACACUAUGACCCACAUCAAACCUCAAACUCCGCUGGGUCAAACCAGGGAGGUUCUAGUUCAGCCAGUAAUUCGGGGCCGACUCGAAGUCCCAUGGUCGUUUCUAACCCUGGCGCCGCCUCCGCCAGUACUCCCAAUCAGAACUGGGCGGAUAUGAAGAACGCGCAAAGGGAUGCUAUCAAUCCAACGAUGACCGAAAGGCAUCACCAGGAUAGUGGGAUACGAUAUCCCGAGCCUGGAACAGUGGUCGAUAUACCGCCCACCUACACUGAGUCGUAGCCAGGCUCGAUAGCUGUUUUAUUUUUCGUUCCCUUUGGCCUCUACCAGUUUUUCCCUGUCUUUUUCUCCUCAUUUAUUUGUAUUUAAACCAGUCAUGUAUAUUUGACACCAACACAGCUCCGCCUCACAAACCGUCGGGCGGGCCAGCCGUCAAAGCAGUCGCCGCCCACUCGUUCAACUGACUUUCUCCUUACC